AUGACUACGAGAGAUUCUCUCGUAGUCAUCGGGAAGGCCUCAAAGGAGCUCCUCCUGCACAGAGAUCGAAGCAGAGCCCUCGCGAGACAGGUCCCCUUUGUCUGCAAUCCAUGGAACAUGGACAACUUACAGAAUGGCAAGCAUGUCGCCCGUGAAGAAGUAGUGAAUUACAACGUUCGACUUUUCAAUCUUGAAUUCAGCGAAUGGGAGAACAUAUCGAGAGAAAAAAAUUUGGUUGAGAUCGGAAGAAAUAAGUUGAAGUAUUGGUCCCCUCCUACUCCUACCACUACUACCGCCACCUCAGGAGAGGGUGGCAAUAACACGAAUAUCCAAUAUCAUCAGGUCGUACAGUUCUCAUCAGAAGCCGAUACACAGAGAGCCUCUCACGAGCAGCUUGAUAGUAGUGAGCAGCCGACAGAAGAGGACGAGGAGGGGGAGGAUACCAACACGCCCCCAACAAACAGGGCUACUACUCCCUUCGGAAGCUCUUCAGUGUUCAUCUCCUCUUCAAGAGGCGAGAUAUGUGAUCCUAUACUGUCUAUAGGCCCUAGUAUAGGUAGGAGCUCCUCUUCUACUGGUAUGGGGCGUAACAGCGCUGCUGGGUACUAUAUCACUACGGCAACUGGACAGAGCUUGCCUGAGGAGCGGCUUAUCACACCGAUAUUCCCCGACGUUAUCCCCGUUGUAGUGGAGGACUCACAGUCCUCAGAUGAGGAAGCUCGUGACUACCACCAUCUGAGCGUUCCUGAGGAUGCCUGGGACGCUGAGUCGUGCAGAGUCAUCGCUCAGGACUACUCCAAUGAUAACCUCACUGGGAAGAGUAUAUUCUUCGGUCACCGAGCAUCUGCUAAUGUCGUACUUGUCAUUGGUGGAGAUAAGCCUACUACUCUACACGCCCAUUGGGAGGUUCUAUGUAGUUCCUUCUCGUAUUUCCAAAACAUGAAGGACAGUCGAAUGAGGGAGUCGUUCGAAGGCAUUGCUUACUUCCCGACCGAUUCCCCUCGGGCAUGGCUAACCUUGCUCAAACGAGUGUAUCCUCCCUACCGUCAGUUGGGGUUCAUAGAAGCUGUAGAGGUCAUAUCUUUGGUUGAUCGAUUACAGACCUCCUGGCUUUCACGAGAACUGCAAGAAGUCUUGUCCGAUGAAGCAUACGGUGAACAGCGUACUCCUGGCAUCGCGGAUAUGUUGGCUGCGCAUGGCCUCUCCGAUGUAGUCGCCGCUUGGUUCAGUGAGAAGUAUUGGCCUGCACUCAAUGCGUGGCGAUGUGUCAGUGAAUGCAAGGAUGUUAAGGCACUUCGUCGCGCUGCAUUGUAUGUGUGCCAUGAGGCGGCGUCGAUGAAGUCAGAAGUAGAGCAGUUGAGGAAGACUCUACGUGAUGUUAAGAUGGAGUCUAGGGGACGACAAAACAGGAUAUCUAGGAUGAAGAGUGCCGGCGCCAAUGAGACUGUAGUCGACUUUAACGACACUGAUAGUCGUAUACUCACUCCUAAAUUCGUGGUCAGUCCUGGCAUCAAGAGUGGGCGUCGUAGGAAGGUCGUCGAGGAGUAUAUACAACCGGCUGAGGUCUUCUGUGUCCGAUUCUCCCCGGAUAACACCCUGUUGGCUGUCUCUACUAGUAAUGGCCUUAUUAAGAUCUACAACUGCCGGGAUGGGAAGGAAAUCUACACCCUACAGUCGCCCCGUACAGGUGAAGUCAUACAACCGGUUACGCAGAUCCGUUGGCGCCCUAUGGGGAGCUCGGCGAAGACUCAGAAUGUCCUAGUCAGUGUAAAUGCAGAAGGAGUGGUAUCACAUUGGCAUGUGACAAGCGCCUCAUGCAUGCAUGAGUUCACCGAAGAUGGGAAUCAACUGUUUUGUGUGGACUAUUCCCCUGAUGGAAGUCAGUUUGCCACAGCAGGGAGGGAGAGAGGAGUAGCCGUCUAUGAUGAGAACACGAAAGCGCUGAUCACGACACUGAAGGGUGGAGAUAGUCUACAUACUCCUGGUCAUUCUAAUAGAGUCUUCAGUCUCAAGUAUCACCCAGAAGACCCAAACGUGAUCAUUACUGGCGGCUGGGAUAAUACAGUGCAGUUUUGGGAUAUCAGGAAGGGACAUAGCGUGCGCUCAAUCUUUGGUCCGCAUAUUUGCGGUGACAGUGUUGACAUCACCAAUGAUGGGAAACGUAUCCUGACUGGUAGUUGGAGGGUUGACCGACAGCUACAGAUCUGGGAUUACGCUGAAGGGACCCUUAUUGAGGAUAUACCUUGGCGGAGCGGGGCCUCUGUUACUAAACCAUGCAUGCUGUAUGCAGCACAGUUUAACAAGGGGCAUCGAUCGGGAGAGUUCAUAUGUGCUGGUGGAAGCGGUGCCAAUGAGGCUAAGAUACUGCACAAUGACAAGGGCUCAGGGGACCAAUCUGCUGGUUGGAGGACUUUGGGGACAUUAACAGGUGUGGACAAGGGAUGCUUCACAGUUGACUUCUCCUCUGGGAAGUCCACGGAACCGGAGUUGGUGGCUGUGGGCGGCGGUGAUGGCAUUGUUAGAGUCAUGGAGAUUGGCUAUGAAGAGAAUGAGGGUGGAGACUUAUAA